UCCACCACAUCACACAGUCACACACAGACACUACUCAUAUGUGAGCCAGCCACGAGUCCUCUCCCUCUCUUCCUUCUCAUUCUACUACACGCCGUGUCGGCAAAGCCUCUCCUCGUUCCUUCUCUCUGACGCUUGUCGUCACACCUUUUUAAAAUAUUAUUAUAAAAAAUAAUUGAACCGAACCGAAACGGUGCGUUGUUAGACUCACCGGCGCCGGAAAACCAUGAGGAAGGAGGUCUUACCGCCGGUUUUGUCAACCACCACUGUCUGCUUCGAGAAGAAACCAUUAAUUGCUACAUUGCUAGCUCUCUCCCUCGUCAUGAUUAUCUGGAACCUUCCUCCUUACUAUCACAACCUCAUCUCCACUGCUCGUCCCUGCUCCGCCGUCACCACCACCAACGUACUCUCCUCACCGAACUUCACCGCCUCUCUCUCGACGAAUUUCACCACCUCACUCUCAACCACAACCGCAGCAGCUUCUCAGAAGUACGAUUCCACUCCCUCAGAUCCGAACAAGCGAGUUUUCCAACCUUUCGGUAACGCCGCGGCGCUUUUCGUACUAAUGGGAGCUUACCGCGGCGGUCCAGCGACCUUCUCCGUUAUCGGACUCGCCUCGAAGCCGAUCCACGUCUUCGGGAAACCAUGGUACAAGUGUGAGUGGAUUUCUAACAAUGGAACUUCGAUUCGAGCUAAAGCACAGAAGAUUCUACCAGAUUGGGGCUACGGCCGAGUCUACACCGUCGUCGUCGUCAACUGCACUUUCAAUUCUAUCCCUAACUCCGAUAACACCGGAGGUAAGCUCAUCCUCAACGCUUACUACAACGAAUCUCCCAAACUCUUCGAACGAUUCACUACAUUAGAGGAAUCAGCCGGAGUCUACGACGAAUCUAAAUACUCGCCGCCGUAUCAAUACGAUUACCUUUACUGUGGCUCGUCGCUGUACGGUAACGUGAGCGCUUCGCGUAUGAGAGAGUGGAUGGCUUACCACGCUUGGUUCUUUGGAGAUAAAUCGCAUUUUGUUUUCCACGAUGCUGGUGGUGUGUCCCCGGAAGUUAGGAAAGUUCUUGACCCGUGGAUUCGAGCUGGGCGGGUUACGGUUCAAGAUAUUAGGGAUCAGUCUCAGUAUGAUGGUUACUACUAUAAUCAGUUUCUCAUUGUUAAUGAUUGCUUGCAUCGGUAUCGGCAUGCUGCUAACUGGACCUUCUUCUUCGAUGUCGAUGAGUAUAUCUAUUUGCCGCACGGCAACACGCUCGAAUCUGUGCUCGACGAGUUCUCGGUUAAUACACAGUUUACGAUUGAGCAGAAUCCAAUGUCUAGUGUUCUUUGCUUAAACGACUCCUCUCAAGAUUAUCCUAGGCAAUGGGGAUUUGAGAAGCUGCUAUUUAAGGAUUCAAGAAGGAAUAUACGCCGUGAUAGGAAAUAUGCGAUCCAAGCGAAGAACGCAUUUGCCACAGGAGUUCACAUGUCUGAAAACAUAGUAGGCAAAACACUACACAAGACAGAGACGAAGAUACGUUAUUACCAUUACCACAACACCAUAACAGUGCAUGAGGAGCUUUGCAGAGAAAUGUUACCAAAUUCAGCAAAGAAGAAAGUGACAUUGUACAAUAAGCUACCGUAUGUGUACGACGACAACAUGAAGAAGCUAGUGAAGACGAUUAAAGAGUUUGAGCAGAAAAAACUUGGGACGGAUGUGAAGAAUUUCUCAUGACCAAAGGAUAUAAUAACUUAAUCUUUUCUCUAAUAAGCAUUUUGUCUAUAAAGGUAUAGUUGUUUCUGUUUACUUGUAUCCAUUUUUCCUUCUGUUUUAUCCUCUUUUACUAUUUCAUUAAUGACUUUAAUCAAUAGUACUACAGUAUUUUUUGAA